AUGACCAAAAACCAACCACGUCCAGAGGACAUCUCUGGCGAUGACUUCCAAGAUCUCUUAAACAAAUACCCGGCUCUAAUUGAGUCAAUAUCAACAACCAAGGCUGGACAAAAGACAUUAUCAGAGCUCGAUGAGUUCCGCUAUGAAAAAGCUCCAGAACAGUUUCGUUCCCAGAGCCCAAAGCGAACCAUGACUCACGAUGACGUGAAAACCCUCGUAGACUGGAAGCUUCGCCAUGGCAAAUUCCGACCCACACUCAUGAAGCUAGUAUCCUCCAACGACGGAGGGACGGUCGCGGACACGAUCCAGCAAGCCAUGGGCGCGUACUGGGACGAAGGACAAGACGCGUCCGCUGCUCUCGCCGCCAUUUGCAAGCUCAAGGGCAUCGGCCCGGCCACGGCGUCUCUCUUGCUCUCCGUCCACGACCCGGAACGUGUCAUUUUCUUUUCCGACGAGGCCUUUUGGUGGCUCUGUUGCAGCGGCCAAAAGGCCCCCAUCAAGUACAACCCCAAAGAGUACGCGGAGCUCAACCAGGCGGCGCAGGCGCUGGUCCAGAGGCUCAAUGUGAGCGCUACCGCCGUGGAGAAAGUUGCCUAUGUAAUUAUGAAGGAUGAGGCCUUGCCUUUGACCGCAGUGGAAAAGCCAAAGGUUACGAAAAAGGCCCCCAGUGGCAAAACUCCAGCCGAGAGUAAGACCGUUGACGAGGUUGGUUCACGAAGGAGCAGCACAAAACGGAAAAAGGAGCCACGUCGUGAUUCACCAGAGCGACCAGUUCGGCGAUCCAAGAGAGGCAAGGAAACCUAA